UAUAUUUUAAGACUUGUUUUGCGUCCAGUGAUAUUUUUCUAAACACAACGGACAAUUCUAGAGAAUCAGGGGGUGCUUCUCGUGUCUCAGGAGGAAGGGACGAUAGUAAUCCCUUGUCCAUUAAGCGACGUUGGAUACCUCCUUCAGCUAUUAGACGCGAUGCUGCACUUUCCCAGGAGAAUACACAAGAUGUCGUUUUCCGAAAGGUUCGAGGAAUUCUUAAUAAACUCACUCCAGAAAACUUUACGAAACUGAGCGAUGACCUUUUGAAUUGUAAACUCAACUCUAGUGUUAUUCUCAGAGGUGUCAUCUUUUUGAUAUUUGAAAAAGCUCUCGAUGAACCGAAGUAUAGUUCUAUGUACGCACAGCUAUGUAAGAGAUUAAGUGAAGAAGCUCCAAAUUUCGAAACCCCGCCUCAUCCGUGUACUUUCCGUAUCUUACUUUUAAAUAAGUGUCGCGCAGAAUUUGAAAAUCGUUCCAAAGCUACCGAAGCAUUUGAUAACGUCAAGGGAACUCUAUCUUCCGACGAUGAAGAACGAAAACUGUUGGCCAAACGUAAAAUGCUCGGAAACAUCAAGUUUAUUGGAGAGCUUGGAAAGCUGGAAAUCUUGGCGGAGAAUAUCUUACAUCAGUGUAUCCAGCAAUUACUGCCUAGAAAGAGCAACAUUACGGAUAUGGCAGAGGAUAUUGAAUGCCUCUGUCAGAUAAUGCGUACAUGUGGACGAAUAUUGGAUCAUGACAAAGGCCACGGGUUGAUGCAACAAUAUUUCGACCGAAUGUCGAUGUUUGUCAAUGAAAUCGCUCUGCCGCAGAGAAUUCGAUUUAUGAUUCAAGAUGUUAUCGAUUUGAGGCAGGAUAAUUGGGUUCCACGCAAAGCCAUUGUUUCUGAAGGCCCACUUCCCAUUCAUGAGUUAAUGGAAGAAGAUCUGGUACGGCCUGGCAACAGUUCCGGACAAAACAACGGUCACAAUCGGAACGUUGGUAAUGGCUUCCUUCAUUCAACUAACGACAUGUUCAGAAGAUCUUUGAAAGUGAGAGAUGAUAUCAUUGGGCCUCCUUUUCCAAAUUUUACGAACGGAUUCGGUAGCGGCUCGUAUAGCAGAAACGGUAACCGGUUGAAUCCCUUGCACGGGCCGGUUCAGCUUCCAUCGAAUAAUCCGUCGAAUCACGCGCCCCGUAUGACUCAUUAUCAGAAUCAUAUAAGUUACAAUAGCGUCGUACAAAAUGGCAAUAAUCAAUUCAAUGCCGACAAUAGCGGCGGUACGUACGGCAAUUCCAACGAGAAUAAUUCGUCGUCCAAUUCUGGUAACGGUGGUAGCGGUGAACACGUGUCGUUACAAAAUAACAUCAAUAGUGGAGAAGUUUCUAUGAAUAUGGGUGGAAAGGACAUCGUUCCACGUUAUAAACGGAUGCUUCAACAAGGAACUAAUCUAGACGACGUAUCUUUACGACCAUCUGCCAAUUCUAUGGUUUGUAAGCCACCGAAUUUGAAACAAUCCGGCAGCCAAAAUAGUAUUCGCAACAAGGCGAAAAACACCACCGGUUGCAUACGUAUCGCAUUGCCAACAAAACCGGCAGCUCCAGCGAAAGAAACGCCUUCCAUUAUUAUUAAGUCGGCUGCCAACGAAAAGUCAAAGAAUAAUAAAAAAGAUAAGGGAUUUUCUAAAGACGAAAUCAUCAAGAAAACCCUCACAGUGGUUGAUAAUUUGUUAAACAGCGCCAAUUUAGAUGCAGCUAUGACCGAAUGGCGCGAAAUCAAAAUACCCGAUCGGCUGGUCACCGAUGUGCUGGUUCAUACGUUAACGCAUGUCUUCAGCCAGAAAAAUGCUAAUCUAGAAAAAGAACACGAAUUGAUAUUCCAAUUCAUCGUAAUGCUGAAAAACGAGUCUUCUAUUAAUAACACCCACGUCGUCGACUGCUUCAGGAAUUUGAUCACAAAAAUGUCGCAGAAUAUGUCCAGCAUCCCGUUGAUAUUUUCUCAUAUUGCGGCUUUCGCGGCGCAUGUAAUUUGCGAGAACAUUCUACCGCUUUCGGAAGUAGCCGAUGCGACGGAAAACGGUAAACAUUAUCCGUUGAUGUUGAUAACGUUGCAAAAUAUCAACAAGAAUGCAGGAAAGAACGCCCUGAUUGAUUUGUUUGGUAAAAGUAAAAUCAACUUAUUGCACACCUUACCGGAAGCAGAUCGUACUAAAGAACGUUUAGCAGAGAUACUCGAAGAUCGCAAUCUCACUUUCCUAUUUCCGUUACUUCGCAUCCAGGCCGACCUUUGGAAACAGCUCAAAGCGGACGGUGAUCCCAAUAAUCUGUAUAAAUGGAUAAAAGAAAAUCUCGAUCCGGGUCAUUUCAGCGAUCCCGGUUUCAUUUCCGCAUUGGCAACCGUUGUCGUCAAAUAUAUCACGCAGGAGACGACAUUCCCCGAGAACACAGAUCCGGCAAGCAUUCCAGAUAAGGUGGUGGUGGAAAAAGAGAAGCAAAUGUUGAAAAAAUUCUCCCAAUUGUUACAGACGUUCUUGCAUAAUCAAGUUUACUUGCAAAUCGUGGCCGUCUACGCAAUUCAGGUGUAUUGGUAUUCGCUGAAUUUCCCCAAAGGAAUGUUGCUGCGCUGGUUCGUUUGCCUUUACGAAUUUGAAAUUAUCGAAGAUGAGGCCUUUUUGAAAUGGAGGGAAGAUGUCAACGAUGCGUAUCCUGGAAAAGGAAAAGCUCUGUUUCAAGUAAAUAACUGGCUGCAGUGGUUAGCUGAACCGGAUUCAGAUGAGGAAGAAGACGAGGAAGAGGAAGAUGAAAAAAUGAUAGAUAUUUAAUUAGAAAUUUUUAUAAAUUUUUUUUUCUGUUUCUUUCUUUACCGUGUCUUAUAAAAUUUAAUCGGAAAAUUUAACGUAGAAAUUCUUUACCGCUGCCGUUUAUUUAUCCAGAACUGAUAUUUUCUUUUCCGUUGUAAUUUUCAUUCUGCCAUAAAAGCCGUUUUUUUUCUUUCGUUUUUCUGAUUUUCGCUACUUUUAAAAUUCAUUAGUUCGUUUAUUGUGUGUAUUUUUUUUGUUUGUUUACAUCGUGACUGGAUCUGUUUUUCUUCCUACGUCUGUAUCAGGGACGUCAGGUCCCCUUUCCUCAUACGUAUUGUUUCUGUGUCAAUUUAUACCUGAAUCCUAUGUAUCCUCCUCUUCGUCGAAGUAUUAUCUUGUUCUUUGUUCUUCUUUUUUUUUACGAAUAUCUGUGUAUUUACAAAUGUGUGCAAUUUGUUCAUCCGUUGUUUGAUUCCGCUCCCGCCCUCUACCAGAAAAUGUAGCAUAUGCGCAAUAACGAACGAACAAAAAUUAUAAUUCAUGUUUCAAUACCGCAAUUCAUUUUAAAUACUGGACAUCACUGUGCAAAUGUGUCGAUGUUUUCGUUGAAAUGUAUUGUGGUUAUUUGCUGGUCAUUGAAAUGUAAUUAAUAAAUAAUCUCUGUCUCAA